AGUAAACUACAAAACCCGAAAAUACUAAAAAACGAAAUUAAAAAGAGCAAAAUUUACUAAACUGUAAAAAGAAUUACUGACGUGGCAUCCUAGGUGGCACUAACAGAAAAAGUUUAUGUCUUUCAUCUACCAAACAAACUGCAGAGAGUCAAAGUUCCAAACUUUUUCAUAAAAAAAGUUCCAAAUUUUUCAAUUAAUCAAUAAAAACUAUGAAAGAACAACAAUUUCCAUGAUUUUGGGGGAUAUGGGUAUUCUAUUUUUGAUGUGUUUAUGUCUCUGUUGUACAGUACCCACCAGUUUAGUGUCUGCAAAAAUACAUCACAGAGUGGAAGAAUUAGUGCAAUUUGAAAGCAAAGUGAUUGAAGUUAAUGGCGGCCCAGAAUCAGUAAUAUGGGUGGUGCAGCUCUCUGAUCUUCAUUUCAGUGUUCACCACCCUGAUCGAGCUCAAGAUUUUAAGAAGAUCAUUGGACCUGCUCUUCAAAUGAUUAAUCCUUGUCUUGUUCUCAUAACCGGAGAUCUCACAGAUGGGAAAAGCAAAGACUUGCUAACGAUGAAACAAAAUGAAGAUGAGUGGCUUGAGUACCAAAAUACAAUGGAAGAUGUUGUGAAAAGAAGCGGACUUGACAAGAACCUAUUCUAUGACCUCAGAGGUAACCAUGAUAAUUUUGGAGUACCUAAUGUUGGUGGUUCAUUUGAUUUCUUUUCAAAUUACAGCAUUAACGGACAGCUGGGAAGAAGAGGAAAAGUAAACAGCAUAACAGUCGAGACCGGUGCCCGCAAACAUCUUUUUGUUGGAUUAGACACUACAAUGUCUGUUGGCUUACGAGGCCCAACAAAUCUUUUCGGGCAUCCUACUGACCAACUAUUAACUGAUCUAGAUUUUCAACUAUCACAUUGGGAUUCUCAAGCAAAAAAACCUGUAUCUAAGAUAGCCUUUGGACACUUUCCGCUAUCAUUCUCUGCAUAUUCAGAAUCUGGGAAGAGUCUAGAAGAUACGUUCCUUAAUAAUUCGUUAUCAGCCUAUGUAUGCGGACAUCUUCAUAGUACGUUUGGUAAGAAUUUAAAACGACACCAUCAGUCCAGUGAUAAAUUUUUGUCCUCACAGAAGUUUUUCCAAUUUGAUAUCCACCAAAUACCUUCUGGAAAUACUAAAAACUGUUCAUUUGGAGUCCCGUCGCCUCAGGAGUUCUGGGAGUGGGAGAUGGGUGAUUGGAGGAAGAGUCGAGCCAUGCGGAUUAUGGCUAUUGAUAGAGGUCAUGUGUCGUAUUUGGACAUUGAUUUCAAAUCAGGAGCCAGAAAAACCAUUGUACUGCCAACAUUUCCGUUAGACUCGCGGACAAUGUCUACAUAUUCAUGGCAUCAGAAGUAUGAAUGUGAACAUUUGGUCCCUUCAUCUUCUGAAACAGUUAGAGCUCUUGUGUUUUCUGUUUCUCCAAUUGUGUCUGUUGUGGCAAGGAUAUAUGACGCAGAACCCGGAACUUUGAACAUGGUCCUGGAAACACCCAUGACCAAGGUUACCGAGGAUACGUCCAGGGGAGAAUUUUAUGCAGCUCCUUGGAAUCGUAAAGCCUUUGCGGAUCCAUCUCCAGAUAGAUUUUGGCUGCAAAUAGAAACAAUUGACAUAAUGGGAAGAUCGACAUUGACUGAAUUAAGGCCAUUUUCGGAGAACAGUCGAAGAGCUAAGCUUUCAUGGACAUGGAAGGAAUUUUUUGUCAUGGGGUGCCAAUGGGCUGCCUGGUAUUACCCCUUAUUCUGGGUUGCUGUAUAUGUAAUGCUCUUUGUGCUGCUUAUUCCGAAACUUCUCAUGUUUUCGAGAAAGCAGUACUCUUACACGUCUUUUAUUGUUGAAAAAAGGUUCCUACAUGGUAUAUUGUGGGUUUUACAGGACCUGUGCAGAAUUCCCGUAGCAUGGUUCGGUAUUUUGGUGUACUUAUUCUACCUUUUGGUAUGCCCCUGGUUCAUUGGGCAAGUUUUCACUGAUGGAAAGGAAACGGGUUACAUGACUUACAUGGGAUGGGUAGUAAGAUCAUUCAACAACACGAAAACACAUAACUAUAUCGGUUCCCCAGAUAUAAUGGUGGUUGUCCUUCCACAUCUAUUCUUCGUGGUUUUUCUUUCGAUUAUGGUUGCUGCGGCAUUGGCAGCUGAAAAAGCUAUGUUCAAGGAACAAUUUCGAUCACGUCUAGAGAAAAAAGAAGACGACGAUGAAUGUCGGAACAGUAUGAAAUCUCGAACAUAUGAUAAGCAUGGAGAUAGAAGAUCGAAAUUCGGUUUUGGUGCAAGGUGGAUUCGGAAGGCUCUCUUGGUGAUUUGCUUGGCAAUCUGUUGGAAGCAUUUUAUGAAUUGCAGAGUUCUGAUGAAAGCUUAUGAGAUGAAUCCGUUGCUCCAUUUUCCGGUGUAUAGCUUUACGAUUCCCUUACUGUUGGGUUAUGUAGCAUACAAAACCAGGAGGAUUUAAUGAAAAACAUCUACUGUAACUUACAUUUUGGAUUAAAAUAAAUUAUGAGGAGAUAAGUUGAUUUAUAUGAAA